UUAAUUUAUUUUUUCGUUUUUAUUUUGCAUUGUUUUCUGUUCUUUACGCGUGACCGUUUUGUGUGCAUUUGCUUGUCGGGAAUUUUGCAGAACGCAUAAGCCAACAACGCAUGCAAGCCCUGCUAGCAUCCCCCAAACUAUUAAGAGAAUUUGAGGCAAUCCAGGAUGCUAAGAGGUGGCAAAGACAACAGCAACGUUUGAGGGAAUUGCGAAAACGCGAACAAAGCCCUAUGUCUUCUGCUAUGUCCGUUACACCGGACAUAACACGUUUACGAGUGCCCUCUACAAGCCCUAGCAGUGGAUAUGAGAGUCUUAACGACAACUCUUCGGUUUGUAGUGGAGACUCGUACAAUCGGCGUCGCAAUCGUUCACCUCUAAAAUCCCUGGCCGUUAGUUUAGUUAAAUCGAAUGUUAAGAAUGAGAAUGAGCGGCAAAAAAGCCAAAAGCGACGUAGAUCCUCUCAAAGCAAUGGCUCAGUUAAAUCAGCCAAGAAGCUGAAACAAGAGUAUGUUAUCGAAACCAUUGAAAGUCUUGAGUCAGUCAAUGGUGAGCCUUUAUUUUUCGUCAAAUGGCUAAACUACUCCAAAGCCGACAAUACAUGGGAGACUUUGGAUAAUUUGUUUGAAUGUGCUGUUCUUGAAGAUUUCGUCAAAAGUAUGACGGUUUUAUAUGAGCCUUUUAUAGCCAAAAUACUGCAGGACUUUUCCGAGCAAAUAGAAAAAGAAUCUUUAGGUUUAAAACCAUCCGAUAUCGAUUUAAAAGUUUUGGAUAAUUAUGACCCCUUGAAGUUAAAAGUCGAUUUAAUAUUAUUAUCACAAUUCAUUAGUGUUAAAUCACGAAAUCAAAGAGAACCGGAAAAAAUUCGUCGCCGGAUUUUGAAUGCUUUGCUCUUGGAACCCUGGUAUCAUAAAAGGCAACAACAAUUGAGUUCCAUGGAGGAAUGGCAAAAACGCAUGAAUUUAGUAGAGCAUGAUGCGCCUAUAAAAGUUGAAAAUAAUGUAGAUUUCGAUAUUUUAGACCCCAAUUUUGAAUAUAUUUCGGAAAAUUUCCCAUCCGGUGGUGUUGAAAUCCUAAACGUUCCGCCCAUCGGCUGUAAAUGCGAAGAAGGUUGUGCGCCGUCUAAAAAGUGCUGUGCACGCAUGGCAAAUACCUAUUUUGCGUAUGAAAAAAAUGGUCGUCUGCGCAUCUACCCAGGAGAAGCUAUCUACGAAUGCAAUUCCAAAUGUCAAUGUUCAAAAGAUUGUCCAAAUCGUGUUAUCCAAAGAGGCCGCAAAAAUUCACUAUGUCUGUUCAAAACUGCCAAUGGCCGUGGAUGGGGUGUACGCACGGAAAAACCCUUACGCAAAGGCGAAUAUGUUAGUGAAUAUAUGGGUGAGAUUAUAACAUGCGAAGAAGCUAAUGAGCGUGGCAAACAAUAUGAUGCAAUAGGACGUACAUAUUUGUUUGACCUGGACUACAAUAACACUGAUAGUUUGUACACCAUUGAUGCAGCAUUAUAUGGCAAUGUUUCUCAUUUCUUUAACCAUUCCUGUGAUCCGAAUCUUUCGGUUUUUCCUUUUUGGAUUGACAAUCUUGACAUCAACAUGCCUCGGCUGGCAUUUUUCACCUUACGGCCCAUACAGGCCGGUGAAGAACUAACGUUUGAUUAUAUACGUGGGGAUAUGCAAUUGGAUGAAUAUGAAAAUCUUUCAGAAGCAGAGAAAACAACUUGUCGCUGUGGAGCCGCUAAUUGUCGCAAAGUUUUAUUUUAAAUGUAUCCCUAUUUGUGCUCAUAUUCAGACUAAAACUCAAAGUAUUUCUUAAGGCACGAACAUUACAACAAAUUGUAAAAUACUUUAUUUUUAAAUUUUAACUAAGAUAUAUACGAUUAUAAUAUUAAUAUUUAAAAAUGUUUCUUUACCUGUUAAGUUGAUUUUAUUUUUAUUUUUUGGAUUUAACCUUUACCAUCAAACUUAUUAUUAAUUGACUAACAUUUCAUUAGUUUUAAGUUUUUGCUUGAAAUAAAGUUCACCAGAGAUAAA